UCUCUAAUCAAAUGGUGCAUCCGCCGCCGUCUUCCACCGCCCAAUACACCCAACAAUUCCUCAGUUCCGUCCUCUCCCAGCGUGGCCCGGCAUCCCUUCCCUACUCCGAAGACGUCAAAUGGUUAAUCCGUCAACAUCUUGUGUCUCUCUCCGAGACCUACCCUUCUCUCCAGCCCAAAACUGCCACCUUCACCCACAACGACGGUCGCUCCGUCAACCUCCUACAGUCCGACGGUACAAUUCCGAUGGUGUUUCAGAACGUCACCUACAACAUCCCCGUCGUCAUCUGGCUCAUGGAGACUUACCCACGUCACCCGCCGCUCGUCUUCGUGAAUCCUACGCGUGAUAUGAUCAUCAAGCGCCAACACGCUUUUGUUAAUCCAUCUGGUUUGGUUUCGAUCCCUUAUUUGCAGAAUUGGGUUUACCCGAGUUCUAAUUUGGUUGAUUUAGCUCGUAAUUUGAGUCAUUAUUUCGGUCUUGAUCCGCCGUUAUACUCGCAACGCAGACCAAACCCUACCCCAAACCCUAGUUUUAAUCCCUCUGUGUCUUCUAUGGUAUCUCCAUCCGGAUCAGUUUCAUCUGGGUCUAUCCGGCCGGCAAUUCCACCUCGGUCUUAUCCGCCGUCACCAUAUGGUGCUACGGCCGGCAGCGGGAGGAUACCGUCGGGAUCAGCCACGGAGGAUCCCGGAGAGGUUUAUAAACGGAAUGCCAUCACGAAACUCGUGGAAAAUGUGCAUACUGAUGUUGAGGAAUUGAGGAAGAAGAGGCAGACCGAAAUGGAAGGGAUGUUCGUUGCUCAGGCGGUACUGAGACAAAGAGAAGAGGAGCUUUUGCAAGGUAUGAGGGAGAUGCAAUAUGAAAAAGAAGCUUUAGAGCAGCAACUACAGAUGGUUUUAAUGAAUACAGAUGUGUUAGAAGGGUGGGUGAGAGAGAAUGAUGGGAAAUUGGGGGGUAAUGCAGCAAAUGUUAAUGCUGAUGAUGCUUUUGAGCCAUCAGAUUCGCUAUCGAAACAGAUGCUCGACUGCACAUCAUCUGAUCUUGCUAUUGAGGAUGUAAUUUAUGCAUUGGAUAAAGCUGUCCAAGAAGGGUCGAUACCAUUUGAUCUUUAUUUGAGGAAUGUGAGAUUACUAUCACGAGAACAGUUCUUCCAACGUGCAACGACUGCAAAAGUCAGGGCUGCUCAGAUGCAAGCUCAAGUUACAAACAUGGCUUCCAGGGCCCCUCCAUAUGGCAUCUAGUAGUUAUCACUUAUCUGGCUGUUCUGCCUUCGUGUUGUGUGGUGAUGUUGAUGGCAACACUAAGAACAACGAAGAUGAUGGAGAUGGAUGAUCAGAAAUGGAACAAGAUAUCGUUGGGAUGGGGUUGAAAUCGGAAGAGACACCGCUGCUAUCUUUUCCGAUCUGAACUUCAAUUUUUUUCUUAUGCAUUACCGAUUAUUCGCUCGGAAUUCCUUCAUGAUUGUCAAGAAUUUCUGUUGGGGAACUCGUGGGAAAUCCUUGUAUCCUCAUCCAAGAUUUUGAUCACAUGGAACACAGAUUUGUGUCCACAAAAAGAGACCUCCAUUGAAGAUGAAAAUGAAAAUGAAAAGCAGAGCGGAAUUUGCGUUGAAUUUAUGGUGUAUGCGCCCAAGAUCCAUUUUCAAGAAAAACAAUUCUGGAAUUAUGGAUUUUGUGUAUGUCAUACAUCUAAUCCAUUAAACAUGGAUAU